AUGAGCGGAUUAGGAGAAAACUCCUUGGAUCCACUGGUCCCUGAUUCACGAAAACGCAAAUUGCCAUGUGAUACCCCAGGACAAGGUCUUACCUGCAGUGGUGAAAAGCGGAGGCGGGAGCAGGAGAGUAAAUACAUUGAAGAAUUGGCUGAACUGAUAUCUGCUAAUCUUAGUGAUAUUGACAAUUUCAAUGUCAAACCAGAUAAAUGUGCAAUUUUGAAGGAAACAGUAAGACAGAUACGCCAAAUAAAAGAGCAAGGAAAAGCUAUUUCCAAUGAUGAUGAUGUUCAGAAAGCUGAUGUAUCUUCUACAGGACAGGGGGUUAUUGAUAAAGACUCCUUAGGACCACUUUUACUUCAGGCAUUGGAUGGUUUCCUAUUUGUGGUGAAUCGUGAUGGAAACAUUGUAUUUGUGUCAGAAAAUGUCACACAAUACCUGCAAUAUAAGCAAGAGGACCUGGUUAACACAAGUGUCUAUAAUAUCUUGCAUGAAGAAGAUAGAAAGGAUUUCCUUAAAAACUUACCAAAAUCUACAGUUAAUGGAGUUACCUGGACAAAUGAGACCCAGAGACAAAAAAGCCAUACAUUUAAUUGCCGUAUGUUGAUGAAAGCACCACAUGAUAUCAUGGAAGACAUGAACACCAGUCCUGAAAUGCGCCAGAGAUAUGAAACCAUGCAGUGCUUUGCCCUGUCUCAGCCACGAGCUAUGAUGGAGGAAGGGGAAGAUUUGCAAUCCUGUAUGAUCUGUGUGGCACGCCGCAUUACUACAGGAGAAAGAGCAUUUGCAUCAAACCCUGAGAGCUUUAUUACUAGACAUGAUCUUACAGGAAAACUUGUCAAUAUAGAUACAAAUUCACUGAGAUCCUCCAUGAGACCUGGCUUUGAAGAUAUAAUUCGAAGGUGUAUCCAGAGAUUUUUUAGUCUUAAUGAUGGGCAGUCAUGGUCCCAGAAACGUCACUAUCAAGAAGCUUAUAUUCAUGGCCAUGCAGAAACUCCAGUGUAUCGAUUCUCUUUGGCCGAUGGAACUAUAGUGACUGCACAAACAAAAAGCAAACUCUUCCGAAAUCCUGUAACAAAUGAUCGUCAUGGUUUUGUCUCAACCCACUUUCUUCAGAGAGAACAGAAUGGGUAUAGACAGAACCCAAAUCCUGUUGGACAAGGCAUUAGACCUCCAGUGGCUGGAUGUAAUUCGGUAGGUGGCAUGAACAUGUCACCAAACCAAGGCUUACAGAUGCUGAACACCAGGGCCUAUGGCUUGCCUGACCCUGGCACCACAGGGCAAAUGAGUGGAGCUAGGUAUGGGGCUUCCAGUAACAUAGCCACAAUGAACCCUGGGCCAGCCAUGCAGUCACCAUCCUCCUACCAGAACAACAACUAUGGUCUCAACAUGAGUAGCCCCCCACAUGGGAGUCCUGGUCUUGGCUCCAGCCAGCAGAAUAUCAUGAUUUCUCCUCGUAAUCGUGGGAGUCCGAAGAUGGCCUCACAUCAGUUUUCUCCUGUUGCAGGUGUGCACUCCCCUAUUGGAUCUUCGGGCAACACUGGCAGCCACAGCUUUUCCAGCAGCUCGCUCAGUGCCCUUCAAGCUAUCAGUGAGGGUGUGGGGACAUCUCUUUUAUCUACUUUGUCUUCACCAGGCCCUAAAUUGGACAACUCUCCCAAUAUGAAUAUAACUCAUCCAAGUAAAGUGAACAGUCAGGAUUCAAAAAGUCCCUUAAGCUUGUAUUGUGACCAGAAUCCAGUGGAGAGUUCAAUGUGUCAGUCAAAUAGCAGGGAUCACCUCAAUGACAAAGACAGUAAAGAGAACAGUGUUGAAGGUUCAGAGAAUCAGCGGGGUCCUCUGGAAAGCAAAGGCCAUAAAAAAUUACUGCAGUUACUUACCUGUUCUUCUGAUGAUCGGGGUCAUUCCUCUUUGACCAACUCCCCCCUGGAUUCAAGUUGUAAAGACUCUUCCAUUAGUGUCACCAGCCCCUCUGGGGUCUCCUCUUCAACGUCUGGAGGAGUGUCCUCCACAUCCAAUAUGCAUGGGUCACUGCUGCAAGAGAAGCACCGGAUUUUGCACAAGUUGCUGCAGAACGGCAAUUCACCAGCUGAAGUGGCCAAGAUUACCGCAGAAGCCACUGGGAAAGACACUAGCAGCGCAACAUUCUGUGCGGAAGGAAACGUCAAGCAGGAGCAACUAAGUCCUAAGAAGAAGGAAAAUAAUGCUCUGCUCAGAUACCUGCUCGACAGGGAUGACCCUAGUGACACACUCUCUAAAGAAGUACAGCCCAAAGUGGAGGGAGUAGACAAUAAAAUGAGUCAGUGCAGCAGCUCCACCGUGCCUAGCUCAAGCCAAGAGAAAGAUGCUAAAAUUAAGACAGAAGCAAAUGAAGAGGCAUCUGGAGAUUUGGAUAAUCUAGACGCUAUUCUUGGGGAUCUAACUAGUUCUGACUUUUACAAUAAUUCUGUAUCCACAAAUGGUAGUAAUCUGGGAAACAAGCAACAAAUGUUUCAAGGAACUAAUUCUCUGGGUUUGAGGAGUCCACAGUCUGUCCAGUCCAUUCGUCCUCCAUACAACCGAGCAGUGUCUCUAGAUAGCCCUGUUUCUGUUGGCUCAAGUCCUCCAGUAAAGAAUGUCACUGCUUUCCCCAUGUUACCAAAGCAACCCUUGUUGGGAGGGAAUCCAAUAAUGAUGGAUAGUCAGGAAAAUUAUGGUUCAAAUAUGGGUGGACCAAACAGAAAUGUGACUGUGAAUCAGACUCCUCCUUCUGGAAACUGGGGCUUAUCAAAUUCAAAGGCCAAUAGGAUGGAAUCCAUGAGUUCAAACUCCAUGGGAAGACCAGGAGCAGAUUAUAAUGCUGCUUUACCCAGACCUACAGUGGGUGGCUCAAUGUCCACCUUGCCUCUUCGGUCCAAUAGCAUUCCUGGUGCGAGACCAAUAUUGCAGCAGCAGCAGCAGCAACAGCUGCAGCCACAGCCACAGCAGCAACAGCAGCAACAGCAACAUCAGCAGAUGCUUCAAAUGCGGCCUGGUGAAAUUCCUAUGGGAAUGGGGGUCAGUCCUUACGGCCCAGCAGCACCAUCUCACCAACCAGGUUCCUGGCCAGAUGGCAUGUUGUCCAUGGAACAAGGCCCUCAUGGGACUCAAAAUAGACCUCUUUUUAGGAAUUCUUUGGAUGAUCUUCUUGGGCCACCUUCUAAUCUAGAAGGACAAAAUGAUGAAAGAGCAUUGUUGGACCAACUGCACACUCUCUUGAGCAACACCGAUGCCACAGGCUUAGAAGAAAUUGACCGAGCUCUGGGCAUCCCUGAACUUGUAAAUCAAGGACAAGCUUUGGAGCCCAAACAGGAUGUUUUCCAAGGCCAAGAAGCACCAGUAAUGAUGGAUCAGAAGGCAGCAUUAUAUGGGCAGACGUAUCCAGCACAGGGGCCUCCAAUGCAAGGAAGCUUUAAUCUUCAGGGACAAUCGCCAUCUUUUAACUCUAUGAUGAGUCAGAUGAACCAGCAAGGCAGUUUUCCUCUCCAGGGAAUGCAUCCGAGGGCCAACAUGAUGAGACCUCGGACAAACACCCCCAAGCAACUUAGAAUGCAGCUUCAGCAGAGGCUGCAGGGCCAGCAGUUUUUGAAUCAGAGCCGGCAAGCACUGGAGAUGAAAAUGGAAAAUGCCACUGCUGGUGCAGCGGCCAUGAUGAGGCCCAUGAUGCAGCCCCAGGUGAACUCCCAGCAGGGGUUUCUUAAUGCCCAGAUGGUUGCCCAGCGCAGCAGGGAACUGCUAAGUCAUCACUUUCGACAGCAAAGGGUGGCGGCGAUGAUGAUGCAGCAGCAGCAACAGCAGCAGCAGCAGCAGCAGCAGACCCAGGCCUUCAGCCCACCCCCUAAUGUGACCGCCUCCCCCAGCAUGGAUGGGGUUUUGGCAGGGCCUGCCAUGCCACAGGCUCCACCCCAGCAAUUUCCGUAUCAGCCAAAUUACGGGAUGGGACAACAACCAGAUCCAGCCUUUGGUCGAGUGUCCAGUCCUCCUAAUGCAAUGAUGUCAUCAAGAAUGGGUCCCUCCCAGAAUCCUAUGAUGCAGCACCCUCAGACGUCUCCUAUGUAUCAGUCCUCGGAAAUGAAAGGCUGGCCAUCAGGAAACCUGGCCAGGAGCAGUUCCUUCCCCCAGCAGCAGUAUGCCCACCAGGGGAAUCCUGCAGCUUAUAACAUGGUGCACAUGAAUGGCAGCAGUGGUCCCAUGGGACAGAUGAACAUGAACUCCAUGCCCAUGUCUGGCAUGCCCAUGGGCCCCGAGCAGAAGUACUGCUGA